AUUGGAGAAAGGUUCCUUCUCGGUUCCUUCUUCAUUUUCCACAAAAGACUGCUUUCAAAUUCUCAUUCUUCAUUUCUGACCUAAUUAUCCGUUUUGGAAAUGGCUUCAUCUAAUCUCAAUCAAGAUAUGGAUUUAGAGAAGGGAUUGACUAGUCAAAACAGUACGGCCGAGCCAUCUCCUUCCCCUUCCCCGUCUUCUUCGACUGCACCGGCCUUAGUUCUAUCAAACUCUGGCAAAAGGAUAGAUCAAGCAGGGAAGAAGAAGUAUGUGAAGUCGGUGACCGGUCGUUACAACGAUACAGAUCUCCAUUUGGCUGCUCAAAGAGGCGAUCUGAUUGCUGUGAGGCAGAUUCUUAAUGAUAUUCGUUCUCAGAUGGUGGAAACCCUAAGUGAGGAAGAUUUUGAUGCAGAAGUAGCUGAAAUUCAAGCAUCUGUUGUAAAUGAGGUUAAUGAAUUAGGUGAGACUGCAAUGUUUACUGCUGCUGAUAAAGGUCAUCUUGAUGUUGUUAUAGAACUUUUGAAGUAUGCUAAUAAGGAAAGUAUUUCGAAGAAGAAUCGAUCUGGUUUUGAUCCUUUGCAUAUCGCUGCUAGCCAGGGCCACCAUGGAAUCAUCAAAGUAUUGCUGGAUUACGAUCCUGGAUUAAGUAAAACGAUUGGUCCUUCUAACGCGACUCCUCUAAUCACAGCUGCUACAAGAGGUCAUUUGGCUGUUGUUAAUGAACUUCUUUCAAAGGAUGGGGCGUUAGUUGAGAUUUCACGAUCAAAUGGUAAAAACGCGCUUCAUUUAGCUGCAAGACAGGGUCAUUUGCAUAUAGUUAAGUCUCUUCUUGAAAAGGACUCGCAAUUGGCUCGUAGAACUGAUAAGAAAUCGCAGACUGCUCUUCAUAUGGCGGUGAAGGGUGUGAGCAUUGAAGUGGUGAAGUUUAUUUUGGAAUCUGAUCCAGCUAUAGUUAUGCUUCCAGACAAAUUCGGUAACACAGCAUUACACGUAGCUGCCAGGAAGAAAAGAGUAGAGAUUGUGAACGAGCUGUUACGUUUACGCGACACAAACGUGAACGCGCUAACACGAGAUCACAAAACCGCUCUUGACAUCGCGGAAGAGCUCCCGUUAUCUGAAGAUUCAUCCGACAUGAAACACUGUCUGCUUAGGUAUGGGGGGCUGAAAGCCAACGAACUAAACCAACCGAAAGACGAGCUGAGGAAAACAGUGUCUCAAAUAAAACAGGACGUGCAUAGUCAGCUUGAGCAAACAAUGAGAACGAACAAGAACGUGCAUGGGAUCGCGAAAGAGCUGAGGAAGCUCCACCGGGAGGGGAUCAACAACGCGACAAACUCAGUGACUGUCGUGGCAGUUCUAUUCGCGACAGUUGCGUUCGCUGCUAUAUUUACGGUUCCUGGAGGUGACAAUGACGACGGGACUGCAGUUGUGGCGGGGUAUAGGUCGUUUAAGAUAUUUUUCGUGUUCAACGCGAUAGCGUUGUUCACUUCGUUGGCGGUUGUGGUGGUGCAGAUAACGUUGGUUAGAGGGGAGACGAAGGCGGAGAGACGGGUGGUGGGGAUUAUUAAUAAGUUGAUGUGGUUGGCGUCGGUUUGUACGUCGGUUGCGUUUAUGGCUUCUUCUUAUAUUGUUGUGGGGAGAAGGAAUGAGUGGGCGGCUAUAUUGGUGACGGUUGUUGGGGGGGUUAUUAUGGGUGGUGUUUUGGGGACUAUGAGUUAUUAUGUGGUGAGGUCUAAGAGGAUGCGAUCUAUGAGUAGGAAGAGAAGGGGGGAGGAUUAUGGGAAAAGGAGUGUUUCGGCUUCUUGGCAUCAUUCUGAGUUCUCUAAUUCUGAGGUUGAUGGGAAUCGGAUUUAUGCACUUUGAUCUUCAUCUUGUAUGUAUGGGUGGGUUUUUGGAUAUGAAAACUAUUGUUAUUAUAUGUGAAUAAGUUAUUGUAUGAGAAUUAGCUAGCAAUGUCCACCUUAGGAGGAUGAAUCUAUGUUGUUAUUUGGUGGAAGGAAGAAAAGCUUAUCUUUCACCAUGUUAGGUUAUGCUCUUUUGUAUAUUUUGGUUAUGAUGCUAGUUUAAGUG